AUGGCUACUUUGAUUCCCGAGUUUCUCCUUAAAGAUGAAUUGGCAUUUGAAUGUCAAUUGCGUGGUGUUCCCUGUGAAGACACCACUGCUGCCGUUUUCCGCAAAAGAUUGCGCACGGCACUUCAGAGUAAUUUGACUGUUGAUUGUGACAAGUUGGUCAAUUUGAAUCCCAAUGAUGAAUUUAAUCUGUGUGCCAGUAAAAUUUUGGUACUGCAGGAAUUAGUGUCAAACUUGGAUGAUGAAAACUUCAUAAGCACCUUACCUCGUGUCAAAAACCGUUUGGCCCAUUUAAACAGACGUGUCCAGUGCCUUUUGGACAUUCAUUCCCCAAAGUUGUCAGAGGUGCAGAUUGCAUCAUUAGAAACUAUACUGAUUGAGAUUCAAAAGUUAGGUGAUAUCCUCAAUAAAUCUGAAACUGAGUUUUCGCUUUUGUGUGACCUACCCCCUGUGUCAUCUAUUGCACAAGUGUGUGACCAACUUGGUAGGUUGGCACUACCUACUUCCUUGCCUCAAAUUCCAGAUAUUUCUCCUGUUCCAGGUCCUUCCAAACAGGAUGUUGAACCUGUUUGUAGCAUGACAGGUAACCUUGUCACGUUACCUAACCUUACCUAUGUUUCUGCUAAACAGCCCGCUAGUGCUAACGCACACGUUGUUUUCAGUGGUGUACCAAGUACACAUCAAGCAACAGCGCUGAGUAAUAAAGUUUCAUUUUCCAAUGUGUUUGGGAAGUUAACCCACCCUUUAGAAAAAAUGUUAAAGGAUUUCCCAGCUACCGAUGGUCUGCAUAUACCUAAGUUUCUCCAUUUUCUUCAGCUCAUUGUGAAGCUACGUCAAAGCAACUCCUUACAUGAAGCUCAGUUGCUAGAGAUUAUUUACCCUUUUACCUUAGGUCCUUUGGCAGAGCAAACAAAUUUGGCCAUUUCUCAAAAUCUUACCUUUGACAAGUACCAUGAAGAUAUCCUGAGUUUUUUUUAUUCCCUCUAGGUUAUUAACUCAGCUUCAGCUGAGCCAUUUCAAUCGAUUACAAAAACCAGGUGAACCUCUUGCAGUUUAUGUAAACGAAGUGAAGGAGGCAGCUGCCAUUUUUCGUUUACAAGUCUCAGAGCAGGAAGUGAUAAAUACCAUUUUAGAUGGUUUGUCUCCUGAAGAGCGAUCUAGACUUGUCUUUCUGUCUAAACCCUCUACCUUUUCUGAACUUGAUAGGAUGUGCAUCCAUUCCCAGAAUGUCAGAUUUGCGGACUACCAUCGCAAUACACAUUUUCCUCAGUCCUCAAGUUUCAAGCAAUCCAAGAACCUUGCUGGUUCAUUUAGUGCUACACAAUCUGAUCGUGUUUAUGUCAACAGUACUGCUAGUGGACAAAAGCAGUAUAAAAUGCCUGCAAAUCAGGUGAACCCAGACCAGAAGCCGGUCUGUUAUUUUUGCAAAAACCCUGGACAUAAAAUUAAAGAAUGUAGGAAGUUGCAACAAAAAAACGCUCAGAGCAGGGACGCGAGGUGAGCCGCUUACCCUGCAAACCUAGCCUAAAUAAUGCGCAAUAUAACGCUCACCUGUUUCGACAAACCAAAUCAGCUCUUUCUUUUCAAAAAUACUUUGGAAGUAAAAAUAAGCCUUACCCUGUCUCUAACAUAAAUUCGCCUAAUUUGGUGGGGAUAAAUCCAGUUCCAGUCCCUCGGAUUGUAGUCACCUUUGGCACUUUUGAAGUGCAAGCUCUUGUAGAUUCAGGUUCCACACGUUCUAUUAUUUCACAUGGUUUGUUUUUAAGGUUGAAAGAGGCAAAACUAGUUAAAUCUGUUGAGAAAGGUCACUUUAAAUGUUAUACCGCCUCAAAUGAUGUGUUACCGAUAGUUUGUUGUGCUAUCAUUAAACUGAAAAUUGCAAAUUUUACAUGGAAGUUCCCUUGUUUAGUCUCUAAAGAUAUUGGUUUAGAUUUUAUCCUUGGAGCAGACUUCAUGUCUAAGUCUGGGCUUAUUCUCGACAUGCAAGAAAAAAAUAUUUCCUUUAAAUUUCAAAAAAAUCUCAAGAUUUGUUUUACAGAUAGUAAUCAGAGUCAGGAUAAUCUUGCCGAAAUCAGUGUUGACCAAAACGGUAGUAAUACUUGUGAUCCUUUGAGCCAUUUAAAUGAUGAACAGUGUCAAGCACUUAAAAGUUUAUGUGAACAGUUUCCCAAAGUUUUAACUUAGAUUUAGGCCUUACUAAACUUCUGGAAUAUGAAAUAAAACUCCAUGAUAAAAGCUAUGUUAAAAGUCAUCCUUAUCGUCUGGCACCUCCCCAAAUGGAUAUCUUAAGAAAUGUGGUACAACAACUUUUAGACAAAGGAGUCAUUGAGAAAUCUACCUCACAAUAUGCUAGUCCUGCUUUCUUGGUCCCGAAACCCAAUGGUAAACAAAGAAUGGUUGUUGAUUUUCGUCGUGUUAAUCAGAAAAUUGAGAUUGAGUCAGUGCCUUUGCCAGAUUUACAUUCAGCAUUUCAUUGGUUUUCUAAAGCAAAAUAUUUUACUACCAUUGACUUAAAUUCAGCGUAUCAUCAAAUUCCUCUAAAAAAUGCGUCUAAGCCAAUCACAAGUUUCUGUGUACCAUGGAACCUUUAUCAGUUUACACGUGUACCUUUUGGUCUCGCCACGGGUGCACAAGUUCUCACACGUUUAUUAGAUCAAAUUUUCCAUGAUGUAAAAUUUAAGUUUGUGUACAACUAUUUGGACGACCUGGUUGUGUAUUCAGAAAAUUUCGAAGAGCAUCUUCAGCAUCUCAAAGAAGUCUUGUCUCGCCUUGAAAAGGCUGGUUUAACAGUGAAUCCGCAAAAGGUUAAAUUUGCCGUUCAUGAAAUCUCAUUUCUUGGCCACAAUAUUUCAUCUAAAGGCAUAUCUAUUGAUCCAGAGCGCACUAGAGCUAUCAGAGAAUUUCCUCCACCACAGGAUGUUAAGGGCAUAGCCCGAUUUAUUGGCAUGAUUCAGUUUUUUGGCAAGUUCAUUCCAAAUUUAGCUGAAAAGGCAGUUCCCCUUAACAGUUUACGAAAGAAAAAUGUUAAGUUUGAAUGGGGAAAGGAACAGCAAAAGGCUUUUGAAUCUUUAAAAAAUGACAUUACAAGUCCACCAAUUCUUCGUAUGGCAGAUUUCUCAAAACCUUUCAUCUUACAAACCGACGCUUCAGGUUCAGCAGUAGGAGCAGUCCUGGCGCAAGAAUUUGAUGGUUGUCGCCAACCUAUUGCAUUUGCAUCCAGGACUCUCACUCAACAGGAAAAGAAGUCUACGAUUUAUGAACUUGAAUGUUUAGCUGUUGUUUUUGGUAUCGACAAAUUUAGGCCUUAUUUAGAGCAUGCAGAGUUUUUGUUGGAAACUGAUAAUCAGGCUUUGUCUUGGCUUUUGGCUCAUCCCCGACAGUUAGGAAAAAUUGGUCGUUGGGUCAUGAGAAUAUCCUCUUUAAAAUUCAAGGUGCAGCAUAUCCGAGGAACGCAAAAUGUUGUGGCGGAUGCCCUUUCACGUAUGUUUGAUACAAACCAAUCUAACAAACCUUCAAGCGAAAACUUUUGUAAAGUUCUCGUGACUGAUUUUCCAUUGGCAUUCAAAAACAUUCAGUCUUACCAGGAAGAAGAUGAGGAAUUGAGUAAUAUUGUUAAAAAAAUGAAAUCUGGAAUUCCACAGAAACCUUAUUUUUUAUCUAAAGACAUCCUUUAUUCUAAAAUUCGCCAUAAUCAGAAACGUAUUGUGCUACCUAAAGUCUUGAAACCUGUGGUGUUUGAAUACUUUCAUUCUUCACCUAUUGGAGCCCACCUUGGUAUUUACAAAACUAUCGAAUCUAUAAGAAAGCAUUUUUCUGGAAAGGUAUGCAUGGUGAAAUUUCCAACAGAGUUAAGCAAUGUCGUCUUUGUGCCCUCAGCAAACCUGCUCAAAACACACAAUUGGGAUUCUUGUCGUCUGAAGUAUCUGAGAGACCUAUGGAAAAAUUAUUCAUUGACUUUGUAGGUCCAUUGCCCAGAAGUAAAAAUGGAAACAAUAUGUUAUUGGUCUGUGUUGAUGCUUUUUCAAAAUUUGUUUGGCUCAUUCCCUUAAGAAAGGCAGAUGCACCAUCUACAAUUCGAGCUCUUCAGACUCGUAUUUUCCAAAACUUUGGCGUUCCGACAUCUAUCGUCUCUGAUAAUGGUAGCCAAUUCACUUCUAAAUUAUUUAAGAGCAUGUGUUUCACCCAUGGCAUACGCCAUAUUACCUUGUCACCCUACUACCCUCCACCUUCGCAUGCGGAAAGGUUCAAUCGUAACCUCCGAUCAGCGUUAAUCGCUUUCCAUGCGCAAGAUCAGUGUAGUUGGGACAAAAAUUUAGUUUGGCUUCAAAUGGCAUUCAAUUACUCCCGCCAUGAAUCUCACAAAACUACACCGUUCAAUUUAAUGUUCACUUUUGCUCCAAACAACCCAUUAUCUAAUCUUUGGUGUCUGAAAGAGUUAUUGCCAGAAAACCCUAAAAAUAUUAAGGAAGUUUGGGCCUCUGCCCUUAAAAAUCUCAAACGGUCUCACGAAAGGAGCCGCUUAAAAUAUAAUAAGAAUAGAAUAGACAAUCCUUUUCGACGAGGUGAUCUAGUUCUUUGCAAGGCUCAUCCCACAAGCAAAGCAGUGGAUAAAAAAAUGGCAAAAUUGUCAUUUCGUUGGUCAGGUCCUUUUCAAAUCCAACGCUUUCUCACUCCAGUCACAGUAAGCCUAGUUAACCCUGACUCAGGAGCAUAUGUGACUAGAGCACACAUUUCACAUUUAAAGAGAUGUUAUUCUCCACCUCCAGUUUGAGUAGACAUUGUUUAGGUGCUGCAGAACCUAACCUUGUGCUCACUGUUGGUUUGCAUUUCAUUUGGGUCUGUGACUCAGUUGAUCGUGGUCUGAUCACCCACCGAUCCUAGUCUUGACAACCCAGGAAACUUUAAUUUACAUGUUAUAGGCCUAUAAUAUUCACUUUGUUAGUUAAUAAAGUAACAAGAAGAGAUAAGUAAAAAACCCAUGGUACUAAUUUUAAGUCGGUUGCAACCUUUGAUAUAUUUGUUAUGUAGUUUAAGAGAAUAAAGUUUUUUUUUGGUUAGUUUUUUUUUAAUGGUAUAAGGGUAAUGAAUUUGGUUUGAUAGUAGAUGUUAUGUUAAGUAAUUUUUUUGUGUCAUCUAUUUACCACCUUGGUCCCUUUUGGUUUCAUGUUCCAGUGUCCCUGUGUUUCUUUCCCGUCUGACUCACAACGUUGUGCUUCUGCGCCAUGAUUGGGCGGUUGUGCAUUCUCACAUGCAUCCACGCCUUGGUUGCCAACAUCACGGUAAAACAAUUACAAUCUGGUGUUCUGUUUGAGAAAGGUCAAGAGCUACAUUUUUCGGAUAGUUACUAUUCUGUUGUGCUGAGUUUUGAUCUACUUAAUUUACAUGAUGAAAGUGCACAGUUGGAAACAACAUUGAAUCAAGUUCUUCUACUUAAUAACGAACAGUCUUCCAAAAAAUCUUCUAUGAAUCAAGAUUUUGCUUUUGUCAUUCCGCAGCUCAGGGAGAACUUUUUAGCAUACAAAACAGAAAUUUUAGCAUUAACUUCACUUUUGCCCCGAAGGGACACACGCAAAAGACGUGGUUUAUUCAAUUUUGGAGGUACAGUGCUCAAAACAGUUUUUGGAACUCUAGAUAAUAAUGACCUAGUGAUGUUAGAAAAACGUUUAAAAUCAGUAACAGCAAAUCAAGAAGAUAUUGCUACCAGUGUUUUCCACCAUAUGAUUGUUGUCAAGGAUUUGGAAGAGAGAGUGCUUAAUAAUACUAAACUCAUUAAAAAUUUAGCAGUGCAUUAUUUGGACAGCUACAAUGAAUUUUUUAAGUUGUUUAACAGCACCGUUCAUGAAGUUUGGGAUAAGAUGAUGAUGAUAAGUCUCAGAAUUGAUUUAAAUACCCUUCUGUUUAGAGUCAGUGAAACCCUCUCGAGCGCACGACUUGAGCUGUGUGACUUACGUCUAGCCAUUGAAAAUAGUGUGCAUGGAAAAUUAAGCUCAACCUUAGUAGUACCCAAUGUUUUCCUUCAGCUAUUAGAUAAGAUUCAGCACUUGAUUUCUUUGCCAUUGUAUAUGUUGGCCCCAGUUUCUAUUGAAAAUCUUCACUUAUUUUAUGGUCUUUGUCAUGUUCAAGCAGUGAUCUAUAAUCAUUCUUUGGAAGUUAUUGUUAAUGUACCCUUGGCUACUAAAGACAGCAGCUUUGAAUUCUAUAAUGUUUUUAGUUUUCCCUUUUUCUUUUCUAAAUUACAUCAUUAUAUACUUCUUAAAGUUCAUGAUAUUUUACUGGUUAGUCCUGAUAGGAAACUUUUCGCACCAAUUAACUCUAAGUUACUUGCUGACUGUAAGGAACAUGGUAUCAUCCUGUGCCCUCCUACUUUUCCGUUUUUUGAUUCUCACAUGGAUAACUGUGAAUUUAAUCUUUUCCUCGGCAGAUAGUUUAUGGAAUUUUGUGAUAAGUCCAUUGUCCCGUUGGACCUUCCCUUUUUUCAAAAAACUAACUCCUUAUGGAUCUUCACUACCAACCACUCUAUUGAUGUUACGUUUCUGUGUAGAACUUCUACCAUGUCUUUUGAGCCUUUCACCAUGUCCAUAAUGGGCAGUGGUUAUAUUAGCAAUGCUUCACACUGUGAUAUUGUAAGUCCGUUCUUUCGAACCUUUGGAUCUGUUAGCUCAUCCUGUGCCGUUAAUUAGUAAUUUCGACACGAUAUAUUUUAAAUUUUUAUUAUGAUUUUAAAUUUUUUUUGUGUGGAAAUUUUAUUUGCUCUACUUUAGUGUGAUUUUACUUUGUUAGUCUGGUGUACUCCUCUGAGUUAAACUUUGUCUCAGUGCUCUGAAGCCCCUUUCCCAUCGGCGUAUCGGAUAUUUUGCUGGCCUAAUCCCUGACUGGCAGACAGCUUACUAUUUCCCCCGCCUUCAGUCACGCCUCAAGCCUGUAAUAUCAUUUCUCUUCGAGACCCAAACUGCAUAGACAAGCCUGUAGCUUGCAGGCGACCAGUUCUCAGAGACGAGCUGAGAUUGGCUUUUUUCAUCACGUAUUAGUGUUAAGUUCGCUCCUCUGCAGGCACGACGGGACGUAGAUUCCCAGCAGCGUUGCAUUUUACCCUCACCCCCCCCCCCCCCCUUCUCAGUUCCAAGUAAGACCAAUGACCGGUCGUAACCCCCUGGGCAACCGUGACCGUCCUCAAGGUCUCCUCGCAAAAAACGAGUGCGCCAAAACUGAUCGCGAGCGCUACCUAGCGACCAAGUCGCGAACUUCUCCGCUAGCCUACCCUCUAGGGCGCCAGAGAGCAGCACCUGCUUUCCCUUCAGUUAUAUGGACGCCGUGGGCGAGUCGAUUGUUUUCAACUCAGACCCCUCCGACAGAGUUCUCUACUGUCGCCUAGUGAUGCCAACUUCAAAACUCCUGCCAGAGUUUUUUUUUCCGCCCGCAUUCGGGCAAGUUCGGAAUCUUUCGGCGGCCCAGACCCCCUCCACCUGUAAGAGCCGGCGCCCCUUUUUAAUUACGAGACGCGGUUUGCCGCGAAACAGAUCAGCGCGCGUCACGUUUGCAGACAGAUCUCCGGCGAGCUCAGAAGACUCUGGAAGACUUCAUCCGACCGCUAGCGACUAUGUAAUCGUCCUAAAUAAGGGAUGCUAUCCCUCAACUAAAUUCAAGUAGAUUAGUCUGUCUGCAUAGUGUUAGUAAUUUUUUUUUGUUUUGAAAUUUUCCCUUUUAAUUUUUUUUAACUAUGAAGAAAUCAUCCGCGCCCAGCCGCGCAAAUCGCGAGCUACGGACCAUGGCUGACUCCGCGAUGGCAGCUUGAAGGCAACUCCCCUGUUUUGGUGAGUGAUAAUUCGCGACCUCCCCUACCUCCCCUUAGAUUUUUCCGGGCAUUUCUUGCCCCAUGUACUGUCUGUAUUCAAGUCCUAAUCAGUCUUGAUUUGGCUUGUUACAGUCAGGGGUUCGACCUCCCAGCGAUGCACAUAUUCAGCUAGAUUCGAGAUCCAGCAACUACUGGUGGACGAAUUGUCCACCAGUAUGUUUUUCGGCAGUCCGAGAUCCAUCCAUUAGAAGAAGCAGCUUUCUUCCAUUCUACAGUUCGGCAUUUUUAACCCCACACCUGGAAGACUCGGGUGAUAUGGUUUCUAUUUCUAUUCCCCCACUUUUUAAAGACAAACCAGCGAUAAGUGACUAUCCACUUAAUCCACUGAUAUGGUAAACUAAUCAGCGACAAAUUUAAUGUAGUAGAACAUUGCAAGUUGUAAUAAUGUAUCAAUACAAUGUACUUUGUUUUAAAUAAUCGCGGGCCGGCCCCUUUUCGUUUUUCUUUUUUUUUUUUUUUUUUUAAAUAUUUGAGAUUUCUUAAAACCUUUUGUAUGUAAAGUAAUGGAAACAAGAUAAUUCAUCAGGGCAAAUAAAACAGGGAAACUAUAGAUCAAGUUAAUCGUGUAGUUUUUAUUUAUUGAUUUUAACGAUCCACCAACUUCCUCCUUGCUUGUUACAGGAAGUUCCUAAAUUUUGUUUGUUCCCCACCUCGUGCCGCCUCUGGUAAAUCAAUUUAUUUAACUUAUUUUUUUUAUCCCGCAAGUUUCCAAGGUCCUUUUUAAUUAAUUCAAAAUAAUUCAAUUUUGAGGCACGAGGGGUGUAACAACUUGGUAGCAGAGCGUGGUUUCCGGUUUUAUAUGCAUACCUGAAUAAUAUAACCAAAAAAAAAGAAAAAAAAAUUUUUAAUUAAUUUUUUUUGGUGAUAGCAAUUUUGUAAUAAUAUUGUAAACUCAUCGCUGGUACACCCGGUAGUUAUAUUGCUUUUUCUAUUUUAAAAUUUAUUUCGAGUUUUACGUCCCACUGUGAUUGAGUUUGCGCGCGGUGAGACACCGCGUGGCCUCCGUCGUGUCGGUGCGACGACCCUCCGGCAGCGUGCUUUAUCAGGCGCGCGUGUCAUUCUCCCUGUCAUCCACUUCACCCCUCCCCUUCCCGCCUCACCGGCUGGAGGAGGCAAGGUCAUGCCGUUGACCCGUGUCCGGCAGCGAAACAAUGCUUUGCAAUCUAGUUUGUUCCUCACGGCCGACAGUGCCCUGAGUUUGUCUAAAUUCCUCCCUUUAUCUGUGUUUUUUUUUUAUAACACAUCCGCCUGCAAACCAGGCCAUCUUUGUGAAAAACAGAUCAUCGAAGUCCUUUCGGACAUCGUGGUAUUUUUUGUUUUGUCUCUCGGCGUCUUGCGCGCGCCGACAUGUUAUCUCUUCACCACAUGACAGGGCCGCCAACCGCGCGGAACCUCCUCUCCUGUCCUGUGUGCUCCACCCACUUACCACGUGUUUUGUAAACAAACUACCCAUGCUUUGUAUGUCCUAAUAAUAUAAUUUUUAUGUCACAAAACAAGCACUAUAAAUAAUCUAUACUACUUUAAAUCUAGCAGCAAAGUAUUUUCUUAAUCUAGGGUUACUAAAAUAUAACAUUAUAAUUUUAUAUAUACCUUAUAAUAAUAUUAACAACACAAAUAAUAUGAUAAUAUAAACCUUUUGUUUUAGCUAAUGUUAAGAAACUUCCAUUGUUUAUAUUUUCUAAGUAUCUUAAAAUUAACGAUUAAGUAUUUUAAUAAUACAUAAAAUAAAUUAAAAAAAAAAGGUCCAUUUAUUGAGUAAUAUAAAAUAAGAAUAUGCUCAUAAGUAAUUUUAACUAGUACUCUAAUCCAAUUGCGUCGUUCACAAGAUACGUGAAUAUACUUCGACGUACCAUUUCAUUGUGUCACCAUACACAUCCAUGUGCCUAGCUUUUGUUUAGAUUUAUUUAGUGAUCACCCAACGAGAGGUGCAAACACUCAUGCCUUUAAGGAAAGGUUACUGAAUUAAAUUGUUUAUAUAUACGGGUUGAAUCCCCAAUACUUUUUACGCUAGCCAUGAGGUGAGGAAUUUAUUAUAAGAGAGAGUACUAUACUUUUUUACCGUCGAGUUUUCUAUAAGCAAUUUACCAAUUAAUCUAAGAAUGCAAGGUAAAGGAUAAAUAAUAUUUUUGUAAUUAUGAAUUUUGAGUAAACAAUUUAUUAACUUUUAUAUUUUUUUGGAUCGGUGUUAAUUUCCUUUAUAAGGUGGUGUACAGCUAUGUAUUUAAAACAUCUAAUUUUUUUUCAUUAUCCAUUUUUCAUCCAAAUUCGUUGAUCUUCCGGGUUUCGAACCCGAACUAACUCAGGGGUGAAAUUCCCUCGUAGGUCUCUCUGCUUCAGCCUGAUGGUAUGAUCAACCGUCAGAGCUUGAACAUAUUGAGCCUAUGUGAGUUAAUAAAUGUAGGUAUCCGGGACCGAGGUGUACUUUGCUUUUUAAGCAAGUAUUAAAUUCAUAUAUUUCGUCUGUUCCAUCGUCAGAUUGUGCAGAGCUAUGACUCAAUGCCUUCGACUUCUUAUGGACAGCGAAACAAUUAUGUACAGGGGUUAUAUUCCCAAUUUAGUUUGUAAGUUACGGGUUACCAUACCCAUUUACAGGGGUUACAGUUCCCAUUAGUCACUGAGUGCUCAAGGACGCAUUUCCCUUGUUUCGGCCUCAGUGCUUUUCGGCCUCCCUCAUAGCGCCCAUUUUGUGUUCCUACACGAUAUCCAAAAUCUGAGAUCAACUGGAUGAAUGUCAUUUCAUUAAUAUAGCAACAUAAUAAUAAUAAUGUUAAAUUGUUGUAAGCUUACAGGUACCUUAAGGUUAAGCUUUAAAUUUAAUUUUUUAUUUAUUAAAUGAUUUUCAGUAAUUAUUUUAAAUAAUUCAAACCAAGUUUAAAUGGACCCUAUUUAAUUAUAAACUUUGUGUUUGACUCAUAAAGUGUUACAGACAAAGGACAUGGAAUUAAUUCGGCUUCUAUUACAAGUAGUAGGGCAACAGGCAUCCCUUUUUUGCUCAAUAAUAAUAAUAUAAUCACGCAUAUAAAAAUACGUAUUCCCCUAAAUUAAGCAGCUACGAGGUGACUAGUCUCAUUUUAAUAUUUAAGGUAAUCACCGAGAGUGGUGAAAUACUUUUAACCCUCAACGAGAGGUCCACUUAAUUAAAUUGGGUAUGUUUGAGCAACCCGUUUCUAGGCUAGCACAAGCUAGGGAAUUUAAGAUAUUUUAAUUUUUAAUUUUUACAUACGUAAGUUCAGUCUUUAACAAGCUACUUGACGUAAAUACGUAGUUUUAAUAUUUUUUUACUCAGAAAUACCUCUCUGAUAUUUUUUGAAUCUUCAUGAAUCUUGUUCCACGAUUUCAUAUAUUUAAUUUCUGAUUACGUUCCUUUUUUUUAAUAACCAUAAUUCGUAAAGUAAGCAAGAAUAAUGUUUGUAGUGUUUUUUGUCCUGAUUUUGCGUUAAUACUUUUACAUGUUUAUUUAUUUAUUUUCCCUUGCACGUAAAUGUGAUGUACAGUAACGUACAUAGAGUCUGAGCACAGAAGCUGUCACAUCUAGUCAUUUUUUCUUUUUUCUUUUGCAUUAUACCCCAAAGUUGUAUUUCUUUUACAUCGUUAUCGAUGAGAUUGUUUUUUUUAAGUAAGAGCUACGUGACUUCCAGACGGCAAACUGGUUUCUUUUAUGUGUUUUUCUAAAAUAGGAGCUAGGUCAAGCUAGCCAACGAGCGGCGCAAAAGUUAGGGUCCUCUGAGCCAACGAGCCAUGACCAGGUCCUCUGAGUGAAAAAUCUCAUGACCAUUUUCGAGUGUUCUUUGGGUUACAUUCCCACCACUCAUCUUUGGACGGCCUAUGUUCAAACCCCCUCUCAGGCAGUGCGAAGCCUAUCAGCAGUCAUGGAAGAUCUAACCGCUCCAUUAUAAUUUAUCCCCUUUUUGAUUUAUAAUUGUUGGUUUAUUGCAUUUUACAUUUCUUUAAAUAAUUUAAAUUAGAGUGCGAAGAGUCGUUAAUUUAUCGUUUUGUUUGCAGAAAUCUUUUAAAUAAUAAAUAUUAGUUAUUAAUAAUAAACAUCAGAGUGGUAUGCGCUGAAAUUUCUUAAUUUAUCGAAUAUUUAAUAUUUUUUAAAUUCAUGCUUUCCUACGGAUUGUUGAUCUGUUGGGGUUUUCAUCCCCAAUAAUUUAAAAUUCCGCCAAGGGAAUACCACCCUUAGGCCCGGUGUCACUCUGGGACUGAGGCUCUGUUUCGCCUUCGGGCAAGCAGCAAAUUUGACUGUCUUCUCCAUCGCCUGACUGUGCAGGGCUGAGUCCCAAUGCCUUCGGCUUCUUAUGGAAAGACUAUUUUCAGGGGUACACAAAUCCCCACCUUUCAUAACUGGCACCCGACGGACCAAGUUCCGGUUCCGGCCAAGUGUUUUAGGCCCGCCUCACAGCGCCCAUGUUUAGAGUAUUUGUCACGUGACACCAUUCCCAACAUCUGAGAUCAACUUUCCUCAUGACAUCAUUCACCGUUAAGGGUAAUUUAAUUAAUUAUAAUACACUUUCGAAUUGACCGUAAUAUUUUUUUUAUAAGUAGUAAGAUACAGGCGAACCUGGUACUAGUUUUACUAAGGAGUGUAAGUUGGUUUUUUUAUUUUCCCUAUAUGCUCCACAUUCAAGCGGGGGAGUAUGUGCCGUUAAUUAGUAAUUUCGACACGAUAUAUUUUAAAUUUUUAUUAUGAUUUUAAAUUUUUUUUGUGUGGAAAUUUUAUUUGCUCUACUUUAGUGUGAUUUUACUUUGUUAGUCUGGUGUACUCCUCUGAGUUAAACUUUGUCUCAGUGCUCUGAAGCCCCUUUCCCAUCAGCGUAUCGGAUAUUUUGCUGGCCUAAUCCCUGACUGGCAGACAGCUUACCAUUUCCCCCGCCUUCAGUCACGCCUCAAGCCUGUAAUAUCAUUUCUCUUCGAGACCCAAACUGCAUAGACAAGCCUGUAGCUUGCAGGCGACCAGUUCUCAGAGACGAGCUGAGAUUGGCCUUUUUCAUCACGUAUUAGUGUUAAGUUCGCUCCUCUGCAGGCACGACGGGACGUAGAUUCCCAGCAGCGUUGCAUUUUACCCUCACCCCCCCCCCCCCCCUUCUCAGUUCCAAGUAAGACCAAUGACCGGUCGUAACCCCCUGGGCAACCGUGACCGGUCGUAACCCCCUGGGCAACCGUGACCGUCCUCAAGGUCUCCUCGCAAAAAACGAGUGCGCCAAAACUGAUCGCGAGCGCUACCUAGCGACCAAGUCGCGAACUUCUCCGCUAGCCUACCCUCUAGGGCGCCAGAGAGCAGCACCUGCUUUCCCUUCAGUUAUAUGGACGCCGUGGGCGAGUCGAUUGUUUUCAACUCAGACCCCUCCGACAGAGUUCUCUACUGUCGCCUAGUGAUGCCAACUUCAAAACUCCUGCCAGAGUUUUUUUUUCCGCCCGCAUUCGGGCAAGUUCGGAAUCUUUCGGCGGCCCAGACCCCCUCCACCUGUAAGAGCCGGCGCCCCUUUUUAAUUACGAGACGCGGUUUGCCGCGAAACAGAUCAGCGCGCGUCACGUUUGCAGACAGAUCUCCGGCGAGCUCAGAAGACUCUGGAAGACUUCAUCCGACCGCUAGCGACUAUGUAAUCGUCCUAAAUAAGGGAUGCUAUCCCUCAACUAAAUUCAAGUAGAUUAGUCUGUCUGCAUAGUGUUAGUAAUUUUUUUUUGUUUUGAAAUUUUCCCUUUUAAUUUUUUUUAACUAUGAAGAAAUCAUCCGCGCCCAGCCGCGCAAAUCGCGAGCUACGGACCAUGGCUGACUCCGCGAUGGCAGCUUGAAGGCAACUCCCCUGUUUUGGUGAGUGAUAAUUCGCGACCUCCCCUACCUCCCCUUAGAUUUUUCCGGGCAUUUCUUGCCCCAUGUACUGUCUGUAUUCAAGUCCUAAUCAGUCUUGAUUUGGCUUGUUACAGUCAGGGGUUCGACCUCCCAGCGAUGCACAUAUUCAGCUAGAUUCGAGAUCCAGCAACUACUGGUGGACGAAUUGUCCACCAGUAUGUUUUUCGGCAGUCCGAGAUCCAUCCAUUAGAAGAAGCAGCUUUCUUCCAUUCUACAGUUCGGCAUUUUUAACCCCACACCUGGAAGACUCGGGUGAUAUGGUUUCUAUUUCUAUUCCCCCACUUUUUAAAGACAAACCAGCGAUAAGUGACUAUCCACUUAAUCCACUGAUAUGGUAAACUAAUCAGCGACAAAUUUAAUGUAGUAGAACAUUGCAAGUUGUAAUAAUGUAUCAAUACAAUGUACUUUGUUUUAAAUAAUCGCGGGCCGGCCCCUUUUCGUUUUUCUUUUUUUUUUUUUUUUUUUUAAAUAUUUGAGAUUUCUUAAAACCUUUUGUAUGUAAAGUAAUGGAAACAAGAUAAUUCAUCAGGGCAAAUAAAACAGGGAAACUAUAGAUCAAGUUAAUCGUGUAGUUUUUAUUUAUUGAUUUUAACGAUCCACCAACUUCCUCCUUGCUUGUUACAGGAAGUUCCUAAAUUUUGUUUGUUCCCCACCUCGUGCCGCCUCUGGUAAAUCAAUUUAUUUAACUUAUUUUUUUUAUCCCGCAAGUUUCCAAGGUCCUUUUUAAUUAAUUCAAAAUAAUUAAAUUUUGAGGCACGAGGGGUGUAACAAUCCCUACAUUUGAAUUUAUCACUACCUUCUGUACACGUUCCAAAAUUUAACUUUAAUUUAAGUCACUUAAGUUUUCCCAUUUUGCCUAACCUAACAUUAAAUACCUCCUUGGUUAAGGGCAUAAAUAAUUUACUAAUUUCUCAACUCAGUGGUGUUUCUUUUAAAGAUGUUGCUAACCUAUUCCGUCCUCACACGGUUGUUGAGUCUGCACCCACUUUAGAGACAAGCCCCAACAUGAGCACAACCCCUAAGCGAGCGGAAAAAAGCCAGGCCCACUAGGAGCGUCAGUCAAAGCCCCUUCUGGUAGGGGAAUCGCCUCCAGAGAGGUGUUCCUGUUAAGUAGCAAGGCUAACAAGAGUGUAAAGAGCCGGAGGAAGAGCAUCUAAGUUUUAUUUACAAAUUUAUAAUAAUAAACAAUUAUUGUACAAACAUGGUUUGGGAACAACUGUAGACAAAUAUCGUUACAAAAGAAAUCGCAACACGCAGAAGUGAGUAAGUAACUAAUACUUUGAACGUUCAUACAAGCGAAGUAGAAUUUGCCCCUAAACAAAUAACAAUGCAAAGGACUGGCACCUUACAACCGCCAUUUACGAGUACACAUAUAUAAUAUAAUAACAAUUACAUAAUAAUGAACUAUGAGGUAUCGCCGCAGCGGGAAAGAUUUACAGUUCAAUUCACGAGCGGGCCAAUACAUGAGACAAAUCACACAACAAGCAAAAAUAUACAGUUAAAUCAAAUGGCGUCGAGCGUCAAAUCACGUCCCGCUCAGGGAACAGCUAGGUCGAAGAAUGAAACCUCCAAAUUUAUUUAAUAAUUUUCAUAAAGCUCAAUUGAUUCCACCACAAAAUUUAUGUGCGCACACAAAAAAUUAAGGUUACAAGCUGUCGUCGCCGGGAGGGCGGAAAGACGCCGAGAAAGAAAACUUCGAACAGCAGCCAGCAAUUUAACUAAAAAUUUACGAGGCAAAACACGCACAACCCGCCGCGUGAAGCACAAGGUGCACUAAGGCCAGGUAAAAACAAGACGUAACCAGUAAAAUGAGCAAGGGUCAUGGUUGGCGAGGGAAAAACGGAAAAUUUAACCGAACUUUAGUCUAGACAUAAUUUUGCCAGGUGGCAGCCGAUACGGUGAAUUUGAACAACAGAAACAAGAAAAAAAGGCAAAGGUAAAUUACAUGAGUAGGGCACGGCCACCGCGUCCCAAAGCGAACUGACGUCUCAGUCUAUGCCAACCAUACCUUCAGGGGGAAACAGACCAAGCUGCUCGAGCCGCGUCCCGACGACGACCACUUCGAGGAAAGCCUAGCGGCCUUCUUUAUACCAAACGAACAAGUGGCGCUAGUGUCGCCCGCCGCCAAGGGGAAAGGGAAGAGGGGAAAAAAGGGGAGGGAAAGACAGUCACUGCGAAGGCAUGGAGGGGGGUGAAGGGGAGGGAAGCCGUAUGCACGGGCAGCGCUGGCUGCUCGGUGCAAGUCAUCGUCCUAUAUAAGUUCUAUUGCUAUAGCCUUUUCUUGCCUAGUUUUGGUAGGUUUUUUUAUUCUUAGUUUGUUUAUUUGGUGGAAAUCGCGGACCAAUGCGACUACCCCACCUAAUACUACUCCAACCAUUCCUUCAGGUACUAUCCUCAUUCCCCUAGCUUCAUCCUCCUCGGUGGAAUAAGUUUUUGCUGUGUGUAUGUAAUUUUGUUUUGUUUUAAUUGUCAGGUAUUUAGUAAUGUUUUGGGGAUUUUAGUGAUUGUUGUCACCCACCUGCUAUGUUGUGGUUUGAGGGAGGGAGUGUGUGCUUUGCAGUAUUCAGCUGGGCGUACACUCGUUUUUGCUUAACUCUUUGUGUGUGUUGUUUUUUUGUUUCGGCAAACUGAACGCUGGUUUAUUUUUUUUUAAGAAUUUCUGUUAUGGGGGUAAUUUAUUUGUAAUUUUGUCUUUUAAGUGAAGGUAUGUUUUGUUCUAACCAUUUGUAUUUGUAUUUUAUUAUCACAUAAUUAUUAUCAAAUUUAAGUGCAUCAAGAAUCAAAAAAAACUCUGAACAAAUUUAAUUAUUUUGAAGUUUAAUUAAUUAUUAUAUUUUCGUCAAGGCAGUGUGCUAUUCAGUUUUCGGAACUAUUCUUUAAAUUGUGCAUUUGUAACUAUGUUUGGCUAACUGUGUUAUGCCAUCAAUGGUCACUUCCUUCUUCUUGGUGACCAUCAUGUGAAAAACUGUAUUAAUUUUCUGCUCUUAAUUUAUCCACCGCAUCCAUGCGGUAGUUUCAAGUUUGGGUAGCCGCCUAUUGGGUGAGCUUUCGCAGAUUUCUCUGGAAAUCAUGCUGGACAUUUAUUUUUAAAUAUUUCACCAUGUAAUUAGUCUUUUGAAAUGUUUUUAUAGCGGCCCACGAGUCAUGGAUCUGGAGUGCUUCCCUAUGCCGGCCAUGCUAUGAACUACUUGUAACCCUUUGUUUGGAGUAGAGGAUGUUCUCCUCUCUUUUCUGACGGCUACGGGAUUCACUCACUCAUGAAUUCAGGAAAGUGAUUCUUCGUUUUCAUACUUCGCAUGAAGCAUGUGUUCGGCAAUAAAUGUGGACAACCUACCUAAAUUCAUUUUAUAAAUUUUUCAUCGUUUGUUUUUAUUUUGUUUUGCUAACAUAAAUUUAUGAAUUAAAGUAACGUUAAUAAUUUAUUUAAUGUCUUGGGGCCCCAUAUAUUUUUUUUAAAUUUAAGUAACAAAUGUAACAAGUAACAAAUGUAACAAGUGAUAUUCUAUUUAUUGUUUAUGAAGAUUUAUAAAUAACUAAGUAAUACUCAUAAAGUUUUUUUUAUAUCAAAUAUAACUGAUGGUCUGAAAAUGAGUUAGUUUCUAUUUUAAAAUAUUACCCCCAAGUUAACCUAAAAGAAAAUAUUUCUUAUAAUUUUGUGAGCUGGUUGUUCAGUCGGCCUACCUUUGUGCCUAACUAUUUUUUCAACCUUGAGGUAAGACACCAUUGAGCCUAAGGUUCAGGGCAACUUCCACUGCGAGCCUUUCUCGGAAUGGUCAAACGUAACCAGGCUGGGAAAGGUUGGUAGAGUUAUUAUUAAACCUUCAUUUUUUCAGCACGUAGGCUAACUUAAAAGUAGUUGUCAGUACAAUGAACAAAAUAAAGCAUAAGUUUGAGGAUAAAUAUACACAUACAUUUAAAUUAUAAGCCAAUUUCACAUAUAUUUUAUGAACCUGAGUAAUAAAAUGUUUUGAAUUAGAUAUACAUACAUUAGGCCUAUAGAUCAUUGCAUAAUGAAUAUAACACAUUAAGAAAAUUAUCCUCACAAUAGUAACCCUUGCAGUGUAAACAGUUUUGAUAGUAACUGUUGUUCUGUCAUGAUAGCAUAUUCAUAAUUGUUUUGCUCUUGUCAACAAAUACUAUUCAUUCCUACUGCAUUUUAUACAUCCCAAUUUGAGUACUUUUAUUUUAAUUUUAUAUUCAAUUUGUAGAUCCUACACAGAGUAACAACUCAAGGAUAUAAGACUUAUGGAUGAUGAACAAGUAAAAAAAUGUACAUAUACACAGCAGUUCCUAUCAUAUACUAUCAUGAUAAAUGGUAACGUGGCUCUUUUACAGAAAUUAAAGUAUUACGCCUAAGCAUCAAUAAUUUUUUGUACGUGUUUCGUUUUUAUUUAUUUUCAUAGUGAGAAUCAAUUUCCAUGUGUACAAUUCACUGAACAUAGUUUAUUUGUACUAGGUACUAUCGCUUGGAAUUGGACACGUUGGUACGCCAGGUAAGAAGCGCAAGAAGAGACCACAGGUUGGAAAGUCACCCUCAAGCAUAGAUGACUUCACCAUUGGUGCCAUUCGCCGGACCAUCUACAGAAUGUACAGCCAAGGCCUCCACAUCACGUAGUCUUCCAUUUUGAAAGAAAUUAGAGAGAAUGAGUUGGACUUGGUGGGAGGUGAAUCAACUCUCUGCAAGUUGUUGAAGUCUAUGAACUUUACAUGGAAGAAGGAACAGUGGCAAAGGCAUGGCAAGAUGAUUCUGUCGAGACAGUGAAGAGGCAUACCUUAGGUGAUGGGAAGAGAUUCAUCGUUGUCCACGCUGGAGGGGUUAAUGGCUUCGUGCCGGAAGCUGGUUUGCUUUUUGUUUCAGGUCAAAAGAGUGGAGACUACCGUGGGGAGAUGAACGGAGAUACUUUCAAAAGUUGGAUGGAGAAAUUGCUGAUAAGUUUGGAGGAGCCCAGUGUCAUCAUCAUGGACAAUGCUGCAUAUCACAGCACAUUGAUUGACCGAUAAAUCACCAAACUCCAAAUGGAAGAAGAGUGAUGUCGUUUCUUGGCUGGAACAGCAUAACAUCCUGUUCACUAGAACUGCUCCAGCCAAGGAACUGUUGCGGGUAGCCAAACUACACAGACCAGGAGGAAGGUACGUGAUUGACGAGAUGGUUCGUGAUCAUGGCCAUGAGGUUCUGUGACUCCCUCCAUAUCAUUGUCACUACAAUGCCAUCGAGCUUGUUUGGUCCCAGUGCAAAACUUAUUUCAAAAGCCACAUGGGAAGGGGCAACAAAUUUGAUGAUGCAGCUGUCCAUGAAAUUUGGAGCGAAGCCCUAGACUUUGUCACUCCCGAGAGGUGGGCUGCUUGUGUGGCACACGUUGAAAAGUUAAUUGAGCAAGAUUGGGAGCAGCAAGUCUACAAGAACAUUGGUGAUGUUGCUCCCUUGAUAGUUCACCUGGGUGAAUCAGGGGAAAGCAGCAGCGAGGAUGAUAACGUGGCUGGGGAAGGGCACAGCAGACACAGAACUAUUGGCAGUACCACUGAGUGAGGGAAUUGUAAUAUAUGACUCUGAUUAAGGCUCAAUGUGAGUAUAGCGAAGAUCAGAGCACUAGAUCGUGAGUAAUGAACAUGUAAUAAUUUAUAAUGAGUUUUAAGUGUUUUGUAAAGUGUCGUGUCUAUGUACAUUCAUGUUGGGUCAUAAGUGUAUGUUAGUUAAAAUUUCUUGUUUUUAAUUACCGUAUUGGUCCGAAUAUAAGGCGACCAUUUUUACAUAAACGAGAGAUGCAAAAAUUGGAAGUCGCCUUAUUUUCGCACCCAAGACGUCGGAACCGCAAACAUUAGUUCCAAGCUGAAAGCUACAGUAGAAACAUUGUUUAACAAAACGUUCACAAUUUUUUAUAUUAACUAAAACUUUGUUACCUCACACGAGGAAAAACGAUAAAUCCACCUAAUAUUGCAGUAAUUCACAAUUGUUUGAAGUUGAAAAUUAAAAUAUUUGUUCUUGAGUAAAAACGUGAAUGUUGAAGCAUCUCAAAAUGGCAACCUUUUAUUUCACAAUUCAUAUUUGUACUUUGUGUACAAUCGCGUGUUAACAUUUACGGUAAUUUAUCUUCAGAUUUUUAACGGAAAUAUUUGUACUAAAAUAUCACAGUUAUUUUCAGAACGAUUGUUUACAUUUACAAACAUUUUGGAUGUAAUGUUUGGAAAUUCACGGCUGCCAACUGUCUUUCCACAAUAUUUCUUUGUUGUAAAACGAACAUUGCCGAACACGCACGAAGACGCCAUAUUAACAGGAAUUUGGUACGUUGCUUCAAAAGCUAUUUUAAUAAUCCACUCUUUAUUUAUGUAAAAACCUUUCAUAAUUAUAAUAGAUUAUUCUUUCAAAUUCAUAGAACAGACUCUCUCUGUCAGAGAGUAAUAUGGACAAAUAUACGCGGUCACGUAACCGAAGUUAUUCUUGGCCGUAUGCUUCAUCAUGUCAGCCAUAGAGUAAGUAAAGGGAGAGGCGCCACUCCCAUUAUAGUAAUGAUCGUUUGUUUAAAUUUGUAAAUAAAACCCUUGCGAUCAUACCAUUUCUUUGCAACUUGACAACGAAAAAAUUACAGCCAGAUACAACCUGAGAAAGGUUAAGCGCGCGAUAGUUGGCACCUUUGUAGUCACCAUAUUUAACUUUACACGUUACAUUCAUUGCAAUGUUCGCAAGUAAUUUUAUUUUAUAAUCCAUAGUUUUCGUAUAUUCGUAGGUCAAUGUAGGGGUUAAACUAUAGAAAUGAAGAUGUUAAGAUUGAAAGUGUACUAGGAUACUGAAUGAUAACUUUGUUACGGUUUGUUUUAAAUAAAACUGUGCUAAUAACAUGUUUGCCUAAUUGAGUUGCACCUGUAUCUGUAUUUCGACGCGCAAUUAUAUAAAAACUAUGGAACGUAUGUUUUAAUUCCAGGAAUAUCAUUGUAGUUUAAUGCAUGAAAAUGUUGACCAUGUUUAGUAAAAAAUAUAACAUUAUGAAAUAUUUUUGGUUCAAAGCACACUUAAAUGUAAUGUUUAAUAAUUUUGUUUGGUAUUUUUACCUGAAUUUGCAAGCAGAUUGUAUAGUUAUGAUUUACUUUUGUCAUGUAAGAACAACAUAAACACAGUUUUAUUAAGUAUGUUUAUAAUUUACCAUGAAUAAAUUUUUCCACGUAUUGUCAUAAUUUAAUAAACAAACAAGAAAUAUUGAAACACAACAUGUAAGUUAAUGCUGUAAAUAUAGUUGUAAAUAAAUAUGCAAAUGAGACUUAACUUCAUUCAUUUUAUUUAACUAAUCGCUCGAACAAUGUUCUAAUAGAGUCGGUGUUAGUGAAAAGCAGUAUCUAUAAUAAGAAAUUAAUGUAUAUCUACACUUUUAAAAAAUUCUAAUGCUCAAUGAAUAAAUGUAUGAUGUGAAACAUUUGUUUAUAUUCGGCCUAUCUGAAACAUCGUCUUUUACAACUUAUUAAGUUAAGUAAUUGAACUUAAAUCAGGAAACAUAAUUAACUAAAAACAAUUUAUAGCAUACUUAGCGGGCUUCACGUCUCGAUACAUCGAGGUAAUUGUCAAAAUGAUGUGGCGUGAUCUCUAAAAAGUAUUGAAAACGAAAAUGAGAAUUCACAAAAUGGGAUUCGAACCAGCAUCCUCCAUAAUGCAAAGAAAAAUUUUACAGUUGUGCCAUCUCGUUCUGUCAAACUAAUAUUUCAUUAAUAAAUAAUAAAUAUAUGCACGUGC